AUUCAAGAAAGCACGAAAACAACCAACCAGCGAGAAUGGGAAACCCUAGGCUGUUAUCUUAGUUAUUUUUCUCGUUGCCGGGAGCAAGCCCAAAAAGAAGAAUUAUCUUUCUUAUCAUCGCUAGAAAUCUUACAAAAAUACAACAAUCAGGAGGCAACAGUUAAUAUUUAUGCGGUUAUUAAUAACCAACCUGAAAAAAAUGGUGCAGAUAAUUAUGUGUUAUCAUUGCAAGAUACCCGCAAUUCCUUUAAAUUAGAAAUUAGUGCGGCUGACUAUCACCAAAAUCAAGAAAUUUUGGUAGAGCACAACGAAUUAUUAUUUACUUGCUACGUAAAAGUUACGGCUGGAAAAAUUAAUGUUUUUGGUUGGCAAGAAGCUCGAGAGUUAUAA